AUGGAUGCUUUCACGCAUGAGCAGGCCUGCAAAGCAACGGCCGCUCUGAGAAUCCAGCAUGACCUGGAGGCCAAGGCACGCGAAGGGCCCAAAGCCGACCCAGGGCCGCGGACUUCAGACAUGACGGUUGGAGAAGCUCUUCAAGAGAUUGAGGACAACAUGAUGAGUGAAAAGUUUUGGGUUGACUUGGGGCAAGGUAUCUUCGAGACUAGACAAGCUCUCCAGCAAAAUUCCGAGGCAGGACAAAAAAAGGCCGCAGCGUGUCUCAAAGAAGUCUCCGACCAAAUCCAAGAUCUACAAAGUAUGUACUUUGCGAACGAGAGGAACGUCAUUGAACAAAUACGCCGGAUGUUUGAAAGCAAGGAGCCGGUAACCCUCGAAAGGCACCUCACUGGCGUGAGGACAACUCGCUCUGAGGGUCAGGAGACAGGGAAGCAACAACAUCGGGCCAAGGGGCUGCAGCAAGCCGGGUCGGAGAUCAUCCACCAGCAGCAGACCAAACAAGGCCCGUGGAACUUUCACGAGGUCAGCAACAAAAGCGAAAUUACCGUGGAGGUUCAGGUGCCACCAAGCACUCAAAAAAGCGACAUUACCGUCAAAAUGCAGCCCAGUCGAUUGGUAGUAAACGUCAGGGGCCACGAGGCCAUGCUGCUUUCGGGUUUGGCAAUGCCUGCAGAUAUGGCAUAG